UAUCGUAAUUAGCUUAUAACUUGAAUCUCAUUUCAACGGUGUGAAGAAUUAAAUAUUAAUUAACUAUUAAAAAGGAAAAUUCGCGCUGUAUUAACAGCGCUUAAAUGAACGUGUGUAGACAUGUUAACAUCAAAGGUUUUUUUCAGAAAAACGAAGGGAGGGAAUAUAUUUAAGACCGUCAGAGAACAUUAUCUCAGAGAUGAUAUUUACUGUGGCUCUAAAACAUGUACGAAGUGCAAAGCAAGGCCUCGGGAUAUGAUAUUGGAUGUGGAAAAUGCUGGUGCUAAGUCUUCCUUAAUCCCAAGUCCAUAUAUUCUUGUACUUGAUACAAAUAUAAUUCUGGAUCAAAUAGACAUACUAGAGGAAGAUGUUAUUACCAAUGUGAUCAUCUUGCAAACAGUAUUGGAAGAGAUUCGGCAUAAAAGUGGGACUGUGUAUAAAAAAUUACAACAUAUUAUAGGGAAUGCAACAAGAAAAUUUUUUUUAUUUGUUAAUGAACAUCAUUGGGAAACUUAUAUUGAAAGAGAAUCAGGUGAAAAGACAAAUGAUCGUAAUGACAGAGCAAUACGAGUGGCAGUUAAAUGGUACAAUACCCAUUUGAACUCUGAUGAUAACAUAAAUAUUGUUUUGUUAACAGACGAUGUAGAAAAUAAAACACGUGCAGCUGAAGAGGGACUAUUUGUUGUAUCGAUGGAAGAUUAUAUCGCGUCAUUGGAAAAUGCAAAUUAUCUGUUGGAUAAAUUAUCCAAACAUUCUUAUGCUUCGAAUAUUCAAGGCCCAGAAUUAUUUCCUUGUCAUCUGCCACCUACUGAAAUGCACAAUGGAAUAUUAUCUGGGAAACUGUUGCAAGGAAUGUUUAUGGCAUCGAGGGAAAAUUUUCUCGAAGGAAAUGUGAAUGUUGAAGGCAAAGAAAAACCUAUAUUUGUGCAAGGACGAGCUCAUCUCAACAGAGCAGUCGAUGGUGAUGUAGUUGCAGUUGAAAUGCUACCGGAUGAUCAAUGGUCAUCACCUAGUGAAAUUGUUUUGGAAGAUGAAGAAAGUACAGAUAUUGACGACGAUGCAGAAGAUGAGAAAGUACUCCGCAAACAGAGUUCGUCAAAAAUGCAAGAGAAAAUACCAACAGGCAAAAUUGUCGGUAUUAUUAGGAGAAAAUGGAGACAAUAUUGUGGAAUACUGCAGCCAAGUGCGAUUAAAACAAAUGUAAGGCACUUGUUUGUACCGGCUGAGAGAAAAAUUCCAAAAAUAAGAAUUGAAACUAGACAGGCCGAGAUACUGAGUAAGCAGAGAAUUAUUGUCGCACUGGAUUCAUGGCCACGAAAUUCGAAAUACCCGCUUGGUCAUUUUGUACGAGCACUUGGUAAUAUAGGAGAUAAAGAAACGGAGAAUGAAGUAUUACUCUUGGAACAUGAUGUUCCACACAGCCGUUUCUCUGAUGCUGUUCUUAGUUUUCUUCCAAAGCUGCCAUGGAUUAUUACGGAAGCAGAUGUUGCACAAAGGGAGGAUCUUCGACAUUUAGACAUCUGUUCUGUGGAUCCGCCAGGCUGUACUGAUAUUGACGAUGCGUUACAUUGUAGAAGUUUACCAAACGGUAAUUUUGAUGUUGGUGUGCAUAUCGCAGAUGUGUCCCACUUUAUAAGACCUGGGACUGCACUGGACAAAGAAGCAGCGUCACGCGCUACUACUGUAUACCUUGUUGAUAAACGUAUCGAUAUGGUUCCAGAAUUACUUAGCUCGAAUCUUUGUUCUUUGCGGGGUAAGGAAGAACGAUUUGCGUUUUCCUGUAUUUGGGAAAUUGACUCUGACGCAAAUAUAAUUGCUACAAGAUUCUGCAAAUCUAUAAUUUGCUCACGUCAAGCAAUGACGUAUGAGGAAGCUCAAUUAAAAAUUGACGAUGUUACACAGCAGAAUACUAUCGCAAAGUCAUUAAGAGGAUUAAAUCAGUUGGCAAAGAAAUUUAAAAAAAGACGUCUAAAAAAUGGUGCUUUAACUUUGGCAUCACCGGAGAUACGUUUCGAAGUAGAUAGCGAAACACAUGAUCCUAUUGAUGUAGAAGCAAAAAAGUUGCGAGACACUAAUUCUAUGGUGGAGGAAUUUAUGCUGCUUGCAAACAUUAGUGUUGCUAAAAAAAUACUAGCAGAAUUUCCAGAAUGCGCUUUGUUGAGAAGACACCCUGAACCACCGCAAAGUAAUUUUGAACCGUUGAUUAAAGCUGCUAAAAAUCAGGGUUUUACUAUUAAUACAAACACCGGUAAGGAAUUAGCCCUAUCAUUGGAGGAAACACAUAAGGAAUCAAAUCCCUAUUUCAACACCAUGUUAAAAAUACUAGCUACGCGAUGUAUGUUGCAAGCGAUAUAUUUUAUCAGUGGAAUGCAUCAACCAGAAGAAUUUAAGCAUUACGGAUUGGCAUGUCCGAUUUACACGCAUUUUACGUCUCCUAUUCGAAGAUAUGCAGACAUAAUUGUGCAUCGACUAUUAGCUGUAUGUAUAGGUGCCGACGCGACUUAUCCGGAAUUAUUGGAUAAGAAGAAGAAUCACAUGUUAUGCCAUAAUCUGAAUUAUCGGAAACGAAUGGCGCAAUAUGCUGGCCGAGCGUCAGUUGCACUUCAUACACACAUAUUUUUCCGUAACAGGAUUCUAGAUGAAGAAGGAUAUAUUCUUUUUGUACGCAAAAACGCUUUGCAAAUACUUAUACCGAAAUAUGGUUUGGAAGGCACUUUGUAUCUAAAUAAUUCUGCUUCACCACCUGUCACAUUUAUAUACAAUUCAGAGGAUCAGUCCCAAACUUGUGGGGAUGUUGUAUUUCGAACAUUUGACCCUGUUGUUAUACAAAUGAGUUUGGACAGUUCUAAUGUACAACAUGAAAAAUUAUUUUUUAAACUCGUAAAACCAGAGAUUCCAAAUUUUAGCGUUUCUUCGUUAAAUAUAAAUUGCGACACCGAAAAAAAUUCUACUGAGGAAACGUUGAAACGAAAGUCUGAAAUACAGCAAGAGUCAUCUAAUGUUCAUAAUAAAAAAGCUAGAAAGAAAAAGAAGAAAAAGAAUUAA